CUCUCUCUUGUCGUCUGUGUUGGGGGGAGGGAGAGGAAGGCUUCUUGUCACCAACUCGUCUUUUACUUGCUGUUGUCUCAUACGACUCCUCUUUUCCUGAAGGAAGCCUGGGAAUAGAGAUGUAAUGUAACAGUAGAAAGAACUGCAGUUGAAAGCUCCCAAGAUCCCAUCUUUAGCAGCCAAGCCAUGGAGAGGCACAGAUGCAAGCUGUGCUUCCGCCGCUUUGCCAAUGGUCGCGCCCUCGCCGGUCACAUGCGCUCCCACCACGUGGUUCCGGCGAGAGCACCCCGCCCCCUCCCCUCCCCCUCGCCCUCUGCCUCCUCCUCGUCUCCCCUGGCCGCGACCGCCGCCGAGGCGGAGGAUGAGGUGAAGCCGUCGGCGAUGUACGCCCUCCGUGAGAACCGAAGGGAGAGCUUCUUCUCCUCCGCCGCUGCCGCCUUCCAGGACCGCGGGAGCGACACUGAAUCGUCCAUCCGCCGCUGGCCCAAGCGCCGGCGCCGCCUCCCGGCAGAGCCCCCAGCCGCGGAUGAGCCGGUCAGUUCCGUCUCCGACGCAUCCCCCGACGAGGACGUCGCCCGCUGCCUCAUGCUGCUCUCGCGCGACGCGUGGUCCAAGUGCAAGGCAGAGGGGCGCCACACCAACGGCUGGGAUGAGAUCGAAGGAGAGGAAUACGAGGAAGAGGAGGAGGAGGAGGACGACGAGGAUGGGAUCCGAUCCAGAUCGAGGCGGCCGAAGAGCAGAUUCCAGUGUGGAAUGUGCCGGAAGGUGUUCCGAUCAUACCAAGCACUCGGCGGCCACCGCGCAAGCCACAAGAGGGUGGGGGCGAAUUGCGUUCCUGCCUCCGCGGGAAUGCGGAUCCACGGCGAGGAUUCCUCCGGCACCACCGCAGCCCACCAUGACGCAAAGCUCUGGGAGUGCCCCUACUGCUACCGGGUCUUCGUCUCCGGCCAGGCUCUCGGUGGCCACAAGAGGUCCCACCUUUCCUCCUCUGCUGCCGCCACCGCCUCCACCUCUCCUGCCGUCCCACUUCUUCGUCCACCCUCGCCCUUCACCUCCGCCGCCAACAACGACACCAACAGCGGCAUAGAUCUCAACCUCCCAGCUCCAGACGAUGAGGCGGAGCUCUCGGUGGUCUCUAUCGCAACAGAGUCCGCACGCAAAUGACUUCAUCUCGCCGCUUAGAUCACCUUCCAUUACAGAAAAAGACGCCAUCUUGAAGCAAUUCGAGGCAAAUUCCAAUGCAAGCAACACCAAACUCCACCCAAAAUCUCAUCUUUUGAGGUGGCCACUGGGAACGAGGAUCCAAUUCCAUUCAGCUGACAUCAAGUUCCGAUUUUUAUCGCAUUCUUUCGUUGUUUUUGUGCUACAGUUUGGGUUUUAUGAGCUAUAUAAAUCUUUCUUCAGCAACUAGUGGAUAGCAAACUAGCUGGACUAUAAUCAAGCAAAAAUUUCCUGUAAUUAAGCAAGGAGUGAAAGCCUGGUGCUCCGUAACUGAGUCAAGAGGAAGAAGAUGGGAGAGUGGAUUUGGAAGCACAGGCGCAGUUUCCAGCUGUUGUCGGCUCUCCUUGUGUCCAUUCAACUGGGUCCCCUGUUUUUGUUGUUUCUGAUCCCUAAUGGAUGUACUUCAAAUAAUGAUCAA